AUGGCCAACGUCGCAGAGAAGGCCCGCUUCUACCUCGAACGCUCCGUCCCUCAGCUACGAGAGUUUGAGGAGAAGGAAAUCUUCUCCAAGGAUGAGAUCCGAACACUAGUCCAGAAGCGCUCCGAAUUCGAACACAUCGUCCUCGGGCCCGGCUCCAAGCCCGCCGACUUCCAGGCCUACAUCGCCUGGGAACUGUCCCUCGAAGCCCUGCGCGCCAAGCGCUGCCGCCGUCUGAAGAUCAAGCACGCGACCUCGCACGCCGGCCAGGCCAAGGUCUUCAACAUCUACGAGCGCGCCGUGUUCCGCCACCCGGGCUCCGUCACCCUGUGGCGGCAGUACCUCGACUACGCGGCCGACGUCAAGGCCACGCGGCGAUGGCGCAAGAUCGUGACGCGGGCGCUGCGGCUGCACCCCAUGGAUGCGGGCCUGUGGGCGAUGGCGGCGCGCAGGGCGGCGCGGAACGGGGACAUGGAUAAUGCGCGGAGCCUGUUCAUGCGGGGGUGCCGGUUCUGCAACACGGAGCCGGUGCUGUGGAUCGAGUAUGCUCGGUCGGAGAUGGAGUGGCUGGGCCGGAUGGAGGGCAAGAAGGGCACAAAGGCUCUUGCGGCGGCGCGGUCGGCGGAGACGGAGGAGGAAGAUGAUAUCAUUCGGCUGAAUGACGACUCUGAGGACGAGGACGAUGACGAUGGCGAUGAUGUGCUAAUACCAGACCUGGCAGCCGCAGACGGCAAGAAGGCCAAGAAGGUCUUCAACGAAGAAGCGGUCAAGAAACUCGAGAAGAGCCCCGCGCUGGAUGGGGCGAUACCAAGGGCCAUCUUUGAGGUCUCCAAGAAGCAGCCAUUCUUUGGUCCAGAAGCGGCAGAGGCCUUCUUCAACUUGUUCUCACUAUUCACAGAUGUCGGUGCACAGGCCAAGCUCAUCCAGUUCGUUCUGGACAGUAUGGCGGAGAUGUAUCCGAACCAUGCCGCUACAUGCAGCUGCCUCGUGAGACAUCCGCUUGUUGGUGUUGAUGUCAGCACGGCCGCCUUCCCGAAGGCACUGCGCGAGUCUUUGGCUAGAAUCAAAGUUCAGACUGAAGCGACAGAGGACAGGGAGCUGUUCACGGCGAAGACUGUUGGCUGGAUUGAUCCCAUACUCGCUAAAGAGGAUCUUGACUCAGCCCUCAGGACUGUGCUGGAGCACACCAAACGAAAGCUGGAGAGCCCUUGA